CCGGGCGGCCUGGGACUAUGGCAGCUGGGGUAGCGACCUGGCUGCCUUUCGCCAGGGCGGCCGCUGUGGGCUGGCUCCCCCUGGCUCAGCAGCCCCUGCCCGCGGCUCCCCAGGGGUGCGAGGCCCGCAGUGAUGAAGUGCUGGUGGUGAAUGUCAGCGGGCGCCGCUUCCAGACGUGGAAGAACACGCUGGCCCGUUACCCGGACACGCUGCUGGGCAGUUCUGAGAAGGAGUUCUUCUUCGACCCAGACUCGGGGGAGUACUUCUUUGACCGGGACCCCGACCUCUUCAGGCACGUCCUCAACUUCUACCGGACCGGCCGGCUGCACUGUCCCAGGCAGGAGUGCAUCCAGGCUUUCGAUGAGGAGUUAGCCUUCUAUGGCAUCGUGCCGGAGCUCAUCGGUGACUGUUGUCUGGAAGAGUACCGAGACCGCAAGAAAGAGAACGCCGAACGCCUGGCUGAGGAUGAGGAAGCCGAGCUGGGGGGGCCCGGAGGGGCCGGGGCCGACUGGGCCCUGCCUCCCGGCAGCCCCUUUCGCCAGCGCUUGUGGAGAGCCUUCGAGAACCCCCACACGAGCACCAUGGCGCUGGUGUUCUACUACGUGACAGGCUUCUUCAUCGCGGUCUCUGUCAUCGCCAACGUGGUGGAGACCAUCCCUUGUCGGGGUGGAAGCGGUGGAGCUGGUGGCCGUCCUGGUUGGCGGGAAGAACCCUGUGGAGAUCGCUUCCCCCUGGCCUUCUUCUGCAUGGAUACGGCCUGUGUGCUCAUCUUCACGGGGGAGUACCUCCUGCGGCUGUUCGCAGCCCCUAGUCGGGGCCGCUUUCUCCGCAGCGUCAUGAGUCUCAUCGAUGCCGUGGCCAUCUUGCCAUAUUACAUCGGGCUCUUCAUGCCCAAGAACGACGACGUGUCUGGGGCUUUCGUGACCUUGCGUGUCUUCCGAGUGUUCCGGAUCUUCAAGUUCUCUAGACACUCACAGGGCCUUCGGAUUCUGGGCUACACGCUCAAGAGCUGCGCUUCUGAACUGGGCUUUCUCCUCUUCUCUCUCACCAUGGCCAUCAUCAUCUUCGCCACUGUCAUGUUCUAUGCUGAGAAGGGCACCAGCAAGACCAACUUUACCAGCAUCCCGGCUGCCUUCUGGUACACUAUCGUUACUAUGACCACUCUCGGGUACGGGGACAUGGUGCCCAGCACAAUUGCAGGAAAGAUCUUUGGCUCCAUCUGCUCACUCAGCGGGGUGCUGGUCAUCGCCCUGCCGGUGCCCGUCAUCGUGUCCAACUUCAGCCGAAUCUACCAUCAGAACCAGCGAGCUGACAAGCGGCGGGCCCAGCAGAAGGUGCGCUUGGCGAGGAUCCGAAUGGCUAAGAGCGGGACCACGACGGCCUUCCUUCAAUACAAGCGCAACAGGGACCUGGAGGACCAAGAUGGUGCCGAAAGGCCGGCCUUGAGCACACGAAACCGCUCGGCUUUUGAACAGCAGCAUCAUCACCUUCUGCACUGUCUGGAGAAGACCACGUCUCAUGAGUUCACAGACGAAUCCGCCUUCAGCGAGGCAUUAGGAGUCGUUUCCCUAGGCGGCCACACCAGCCGCAGCACCUCUGUGUCUUCCCAAGCCGUCAUGGGAAGUGGCACCCGGGCUAGCGGUCUGAUCUCCUCCUGCUGCCCUCGGCGGACCAAGCAGCGCCGGGCCAUCCGUCUGGCCAACUCCACGGCCUCCGUCAGCCGAGGCAGCAUGCAGGAGCUGGACACUCUUGCUGGACACCACAGCCCGGGACCCCAGAGCCGGGCCAGCCUCAACGCCAAGACUCGGGACAGCCUGACUCUGAAUUGCGACAGUCAGGACCUGGUGGCGGCCAUCAUCAGCAUCCCCACCCCCCCCGCCAACACCCCAGAUGAGAGCCUGCCACGUUCGCCCAGCAGUGCCAACGGAGAGGGGCCGGGAAGACCCUCUGGGGGCAGUGGUGGGGAGGCCCUCCGGAACUCCAGUCUGGCUCCUUCUUAUCUUCUCCACAACACUGUCAAAAUCUCCUCCCUAUGAUUGGGGUGCUUCCCCCUCCUUUGGGGUGUCGCUUCCCUGCCGCAUUUGGAGGGGGCAGAGGGUGAGGCAGAUGAGGGGCCCGCGACCCUUCUCUUCCCACCGAAAGCUAUGCAAUGAGAUAUUUUAGUAUUGGGGGCGGGGCCCUGUCAGUGCCCUGAACGGGACAAUUUGGGGGUGCGUCAGCUGUGGGGGGGGUGAGUCCGAUCUCCCCUCUUCUCUGUCCCCCAGAGACAUAAACAUCAGCAGCUGGGAUGGCCGAGGAUGAGACUUGGGGAGGGGGUCACUGUCUGGGCCUGGCUGAAAGGGCCAAGGCUGCUCUGGCCCGGAUCUUCUCCAGGAUCUUUCGCCUCUGAGAUGGGAAGCUGGCCCCGGGGAAUGUUGCAGGGGUCAGCGUGCUCCCUUAGUACCUCUCCCGGAUGUGUUAGCACCUGUCCUGCCAGAGGCUGCCCUCAAGAUGGCUGUGACAGCAGAGGGGCCCCUCUGCUUGUCUCCUCAUGGCUCCUGCCUAGGAAAUGUUUAGACUGCUGUCUCCUUAGUGAAUGGCUAGCUCUCUCCUUGGACUUCCCUUCUUUAUCUGGAGGACAGAUGACUAAGUGGCCCAGUGAAGGGGGAGCCUUCCCCCAUCCCCUCCCAUCAUCCUCAGGCAUGGAGAUCAGCAGGGACAGAACUGCCGAGAGUGAUCCACUGUCUUGUGAAGAGAAGCAGAAUUCCGGCCCGGCUGAGCACAAGUUCAGCUCCCUAGGGAGGAAGGCCCAAUGUCCUGCCUUCGAAAGUCCCGCUCCCACCCUCCUGACAUAUGAAGCAAUAGCUCCCAACUCAGCUAUUUGAUGCAAAGAGCUCCUGGCUAUUCCUCUGAUUUGUCCUUGAGAUCCAAGUGAAUGAUUGGUGAGGCAACUAAGGGCGGCGGGCCAGGAGGAGGAGGUGCUUUAAGGUCUCUCCUCAGCAUCUCCAGAGCUCUUAGAGCCUGCCUCAGUUUCCCUUCUGUGUCCUAGAUCCCCUCCAUCAAGCUGCCUGCUUGCCUGCCUCCUGGCACGUCUCAGGUUUCCCCACCUGUCCCAUGCUUGAAGCCAGUGGCCUACUGGAUGCAGUUUAAACCAAUAAAAACAAACACAAACCAAA